UUAAAGAUUGGAAUUAAAAAUUAAAAAUAAAAAAAAAAUAAAAAAAAAUAAAAUAGGAGGGUUUUAGAGGCAGGGGGUUUCUCCGACAUUACCUUUCUUCUACCCUCAUCUUGGCGCCGCUGCAUCACACUUGCCCGUGUGUUUGUUUCUUCACCAAUCUCUAUUCAGUGUUUGGCGCUGUAUUCAAAAUGUUGCGUAGAAACAUCCGUUUGAGAAGAGAGUAUUUGUACCGAAAGAGCUUAGAAGGCAAACAACGCUUGCUCUACGAGAAGAAGCGCAAAAUCAGAGAAGCUCUUCAAGAAGGGAAACCCAUACCCACUGAACUCAGAAACGAGGAAGCUGCACUUCGACGCGAAAUCGACCUCGAAGAUGAAAACACAGCUGUUCCGAGGACGCAUAUUGAUGAUGAGUACGCAUAUGCUGCGGAGAAAGAUCCUAAGAUUUUGUUGACCACGUCCAGGGAUCCGAGUGCUCCUCUUCAACAGUUUGUGAAGGAGUUGAGUAUUGUGUUCCCUAAUGCGCAGAGAAUGAAUCGUGGUGGUCAGGUUAUAUCAGAGAUUAUAGAAUCUUGUCGUGCACAUGACUAUACAGAUGUUGUUUUAGUUCAUGAACAUCGUGGUGUCCCAGACGGUCUAAUUGUUUGUCAUCUACCAUUUGGUCCAACUGCAUAUUUUGGAUUACUCAAUGUGGUUACAAGGCAUGAAAUUAAAGACAGGAAAGCCAUUGGAACAAUGCCUGAGGCUUAUCCACAUCUGAUUCUUGAUAAUUUCUCAACCAAGUUAGGUGACAGGACAGCAAACAUUCUCAAGCAUCUUUUUCCAGUGCCAAAACCAGACACAAAACGUAUUGUCACUUUUUCCAACCAGUCUGACUAUAUCUCAUUCAGGCAUCAUAUUUAUGAAAAGCAUGGGGGCCCUAAAUCUUUAGAGCUGAAAGAAAUUGGUCCACGAUUUGAGUUACGACUUUAUCAGAUAAAAUUGGGAACGGUGGAUCAAGCUGAAGCUCAAAUAGAAUGGGUCAUUAGACCUUACAUGAACACGACCAAAAGGCGGAAAUUUCUUAGUAAUUGAUGCAGGCAUAAUAAUUUUAUAGAGAUGUUUAUGCUGCUAAACUACACUAAGUUCCCAUCACUGCCUGUACUUCAAGGAUUUGUUUAGUUUAUUAAGCUGAUGAAAGUUAAAAAUUUUGGAUUGAAAUUAUACACCCGAGUCUCUGACACAACAAAAUUAUGAGCAAUGAAAAAGAAAAUGUACUUCUUGCUUACUUUUGGGUGAAUUUUUAUAACACUCUUAGCUUUAAUUUUGGGUGAAUGUUUUUAACACUUAUGAUUUAGAAUGCAAUUUUUAUACAUGUGUUGUUAUAUCA